AAAGAAGCUCCAGAAAUGUCUGAGAAAACGAAGGAUUCAGUUAAAGAAAAGAAGCAAACAACUGACGUAGUUCCAUAUCACAAGCUUUUUGCCUUUGCUGACUACACAGAUUAUGUACUAAUGGUGGUGGGGACAAUUACUGCGAUCGGAGGUGGAAUCAAUAUGCCUCUCCAGACAUUGUUAUUUGGGGAGCUAAUUGACACAUUUGGAGGCACUACAGAUAAAAACGCCAUUGUUCAUGAAGUUUCCAAGGUAUCCCUCAAAUAUGUCUACUUGGCUUUGGGGUCAGGAGCUGCAGCAUUUUUUCAGGUAGUUUGCUGGAUGGUCACUGGUGAGAGACAGGCUGCACGUAUCAGAAGUAUAUACUUGAAAACAUUGUUGAGACAAGAUGUGGGAUUUUUUGAUCAAGAAAACAAGACUGGAGAAAUUAUUGAACGCAUGUCUAGUGAUACAGUUAUUAUUCAGGAUGCUAUGGGAGAAAAGGUCGGAACUUUCAUACAACUGGCUUCAACAUUCUUUGGAGGAUUUAUGAUUGCGUUUUCAAAGGGGUGGCUUCUUUCCAUUGUGUUGUUAUCUUCGAUUCCUCUUCUUGUGAUCUCAGCAGCCUUUAUGAUUGUUGUGAUGGAAAAGCUAAAGUCUAAGGGCCAAACUGCUUAUUCUCUUGGUGCAACUGUAGUUGAACAGACAAUCAGCUCUAUCAGAACCGUUGCAUCAUUCACAGGGGAGAAGCAAGCCAUUGCCAAAUAUGAUAAGUCUUUAAAGAAAGCUUACAGGGCUGGGGUGCAAGAGGGUUUGGUUGCUGGAAUCGGUUCUGGUAUAUUUAUGUUGUGUGUAUUCUGUUGCUACUCUUUGGCCAUAUGGUAUGGUGGCAGAUUGAUUAUAGAAAAAGGAUAUACAGGCGGACAGGUUAUAAACAUCAUGACUGUGAUCUUCUUAAGCUCUUUUUCUUUAGGGCAGGCUUCACCAUGCAUGACUGCAUUUGCCUCUGGAAGAGUUGCAGCAUUUAAACUAUUUCAGGUGAUAGAUCGGAAGUCAGAAAUUGAUCCUUAUGACACUAGUGGCAAGAAACUUAAUGACAUUCGUGGUGAUAUUGAGCUCCAGAAUAUUGUUUUUAGUUAUCCAUCCAGACCCGAGGAGCCUAUUUUUAACGGGUUUUCUCUGAGGAUACCAAGUGGCACAACCACGGCUUUAGUGGGACAAAGUGGAAGUGGGAAAUCGACAGUAAUUAGCCUAAUAGAGAGGUUUUAUGACCCUCAAGGAGGAAAAGUUAUUAUUGAUGCUAUUAAUAUCAAAGAGUAUAACGUAAGAUGGCUAAGAGGAAAGAUUAGUCUCGUGAGCCAAGAACCUGUUUUGUUUAGUUCAAGUAUUAAAGAGAAUAUUGCUUAUGGGAAAGAUGGUGCAACAGUUAAAGAAAUCAAAGCGGCUGCUAAACUCGCAAAUGCUGCCAAAUUUAUCAAAAAAUUCCCUAAGGGACUCGAUACAAUGGUGGGUGAUCAUGGAACUCAUAUGUCAGGAGGACAAAAGCAAAGAAUAGCCAUAGCUCGGGCAAUCUUGAAAGACCCAAGGAUUUUACUACUAGAUGAAGCUACAAGUGCUCUUGAUGCAAAAUCCGAAAGGGUUGUUCAAGAAGCGCUCAAUAGAAUCAUGGUUAACCGAACUACUAUCAUUGUAGCCCAUCGAUUGAGCACUAUACAAAAUUCUGAUGUAAUUGCCGUUAUUCACAAUGGGAAGAUUGUUGAGAAAGGUUCACACUCUUUGCUUUUAAAAGAUCCUGACGGUGCAUACUCCCAACUUAUACGAUUGCAAGAACUCACCAAACAAUCACAAAAUCAAGACAAGGAUGAUCAAGAAUUGCCCAAGAUUACCAUGGCCUCUGCAACACAUUCAAGCAGACAUAUUUCUGUCUCAAGAUCCAUAGCUCAUAAAUCAUCUAAUCUUAGUAAUAGUAAUCAUCACUCAUUUAACAUACCCUCUACUGAUUUCAAGGAACCAAUACACAAUAAUCAAACCGAUUCUUCCCUUUUACGCUUGGCUUAUCUGAACAAGCCUGAAUUCCCAUUGAUCCUACUAGGUUCCAUAGCCGCUCUAGUUAAUGGAGCAACUUUACCUAUUUUUGGUUAUCUUCUUUCGAGUAUUAUAAAGACAUUUUUUGAGCCCGCUCAUAAACUUCGAAAGGAUUCGGAGUUUUGGGCAUUGAUGCUUCUUGUUCUUGGGUUUGCAAGUUUAAUAGCGACACCACUUAGAAUGUAUUUUUAUGGUGUUGCUGGUUGUAAACUGAUACGAAGAAUCCGAUUAAAAUGUUUCAAAAAACUGGUUCAAAUGGAGAUAAGUUGGUUUGAUAAGUUAGAAAAUUCGAGCGGUUUGAUUGGGGCAAAGUUGUCUUCAGAUGCUGUAUCAGUGCGAGGUUUAUUUGGGGAUACGCUUUCUUUACUUGUUCAGAACACCGCCACUGCUGGUUGCGGUUUAAUAAUCGCGUUUCUUGCAAAUUGGCAGUUGGCUCUUAUAGUCUUGUUAUUGUUACCACUAAUUGGCCUUAACGGGUAUCUUCAAUUAAAAUUCAUUACAGGAUUCACUGCUGAUACGAAGAAACUAUACGAGGAUGCAAGUCAAGUUGCAAGUGAUGCAGUUGGAAGCAUUAGAACAGUUGCUGCUUUUUGUGCAGAAGAGAAGGUGAUGAAAGUAUAUGAAAAGAAAUGUGAAAAACCUCAAAAAGCAGGAAUCCAACAAGGUUUAGUUAGUGGUGCUGGAUUUGGCAUGUCUAUGUUAUUGUUAUAUUUAGUAUAUGCAAUCAGCUUUUAUAUCGGAGCUCGCUUUGUUGAAGCCGGAAAGACUACAUUCCCUAAAGUAUUCCAGGUGUUUUUGGGGUUGAGUAUGGCAGCAAUGGGUGUUUCUCAAUCAGGAUCCUUUGUUCCAGAUUCUGGAAAAGCCAAGACUGCUUCGGCUUCAAUUUUUGCUCUUCUAGACCAAAAAUCAAAAAUCGACUAUACUGAUGAGUCCGGAACUACAUUAAAAAAUGUGAAGGGGGGUAUCAAGUUUAGUCAUGUCACUUUUAGUUAUCCUGCUAGACCCGGCAUUCAAAUCUUCAAAGACCUUUGUUUGACCAUUCGUUCAGGCCAGACUGUAGCUCUUGUUGGCGAAAGUGGAAGUGGAAAGUCAACUGUGGUUUCUUUGUUGCAAAGGUUCUAUGAUGUUGAUUCAGGCCGAAUAACUCUUGAUGGAGUUGACAUCCGAAAGCUAAAAGUGAGGUGGUUAAGACAGCAGAUGGGUCUAGUAAGUCAAGAGCCUGUUUUGUUUAAUGACACCAUCCGUGCAAAUAUUGAGUAUGGGAAGGAAGGCAAUGCCACAGAGGCAGAAAUCAUGGCAGCUGCAGAACUAGCAAAUGCCCAUAAAUUCAUUAGCAGCCUACACCGGGGGUAUGAUACGAAUGUGGGGGAAAGAGGUAUCCAAUUGUCGGGAGGGCAAAAGCAAAGAGUGGCAAUAGCAAGAGCAAUAAUAAAGGGUCCGAAGAUACUAUUACUAGAUGAGGCCACUAGUGCUCUAGAUGCUGAAUCUGAAAAAGUGGUACAAGAUGCACUUGAUAGAGUUAUUGUACAUAGAACCACACUUGUUGUGGCUCAUAGGUUAUCCACAAUCCAAGGGGCGGAUGUUAUUGCAGUGGUGAAAAAUGGAGUCAUUGCAGAGAGAGGGACACAUGAGAAACUUAUCAAUAUCAAAGAUGGUAUAUAUGCAUCAUUAGUUGCUUUUCAUACAAUUAGUGCUGCUGCUUUGUAA